AACAAUUCCGAUUCCUGUCCACUUCAUAUACUGGUUUAAAUGGCUUUUAUUUUGAAAUCCCUUACUGGUCUUCCAUUUUGUGUAUUGGUGCUGUGUUCACACUAUGGAGUGGAAAAGCUACAUAAACACGGUUACAAACAGAAGAUGAGUUCUCAACAUCUUUCCAGAGCUGCGUUGCCUCCCUCUGGUUCUGGACAAGGUCAGACAUCUUCCAGCAGAAACGUUACUGGUCUAGGGAUGCAAUCAGGUGGUGAUGACAACAGUCGUGAAGUGGAUCACUCUCAGGACCCUACACCUGGCAGCAGUACAUGUGGAUCAGCACCAUUUCGUGAUGACAAGCAGGAAACUGUGGUGGUUAGGCCCUAUCCACAGGUCCAAGCCCUCAGUCAAUCUCCAGCUCUGCCCCAGCAUGUGCCUAUCCAACCCAGCCCUCCUGUCACUGGGUCUAACCCAUCAGUUCAUCUGUCGCAUGGCCAGCAGACAGGCAUUGGGGAUGGCUCCGUAAAGGCUGCCCUAAAGUCACCCAUGCCCAGUCGUCUUAUAGCUCCUGCUCCUGCAGUCAGCCAGGGGCAUGUUCCUGUUCAAGCCAAAGUGUCUGGCCAUAUUACCGUUCCUCUGGAAAGCAGCAUUGCUCCAGCUUCUAUUCCAGUGGCAACCAUCAGUGGUCAGCAGGGGCAGAGUAAUCUACAUCACCUAAUGGCGACUAACGUGCAGAUCAUCAGGAGCAGUGCACCUGCACUACAGAUCGGAUCUCCAGCUCCUCCUCCUCACUCAUUCACCUCCCACCUACCCAGAGGUGCCGCCGCUGCAGCUGUCAUGUCCAGUACUAAAGGCCCUACUGUUCUCAGACCAGCUGGAGGAGGAAACACAGGCCCUUGCCAACCUGCAGCUGUGCAGCACAUCAUACAUCAGCCUAUUCAGUCUCGAUCUUUGGUGACCACAUCUACGGCUGUUCUACCCACAAUGGUGGCUCCUAUUCCAGCUGCCAGAACACAGUCUCUAGUCAGCAGCACACCUGUGACACACACUGCAGAGAUGGUUCAUGGGCGACCAGUGACUAUUCACCCUCCACCAACCACCAUAAACAUUCAGCGUCCACCAAUCCAACGGGACACUGCCACUCGCAUCACACUGCCCUCCUAUCCAGCUGUUGGAGCCCAGAAAGCCCAAGCCCCUCACACCGUCACACAAAAGCCAAUUUUCAACACUGUGAGCCCUGUUGCUGCUGCUACAGUAGCUCCUAUCUUAGCUGCCAACACUGUUCCAUCAGCCACCACUACAGGGUCUGCACCACACACCCAAAUGGCCAGUAGCACUAUUGUCACCAUGACAAUGGCCUCUCACUCCUCUCAUGCUACAGCCGUGACCACAUCUGCUAUUCCUGUUGCUAAAGUAGUUCCACAGCCAAUUGCCCACACAUCCCCACGUAUCCAGCCAGAGUACCCAGGAGAGAGAACUAACUUGAUUCCCAUCUCAGGUCAUCGUUCCUCUCCAAAUCCUGUCACUAUGGAGGCCCGAAGUGAUAACAGGCCAUCAGUGCCAGUACAGUUUCAGUACUUCUUACCAACAUACCCCUCAUCACCGUAUCCUCUGACCCACACCUACACCCCCAUCACCAGCUCUGUGUCCACUAUCCGCCCUUACCCAGUUACAGCUCAGGCUCAAAGCUCAACCCUUCAAACCCAGGCUGGUGUGGGUGUGGCCACCACUGUCCACUUGAAUCCCAUGCAGCUGAUGGCAGUGGAUCGCAUUGGCCUGCAAUCUGCUCAGAUCAGCACCCAGAACAUCCAGCCAGCCUCUAUGACCGCUCAGGGCAUUCAGCCUGCACCAAUUGGAGUCCAGGGGCUGCAUGCAACUGCACCAAUCAGCACACAGAGCGUGCAGCAGGCUCCGGUUGCCACACAGCAGCCACAAUCAGAAACAAAGCUAUCAGGUGUAGUUCUGGCUGAAAGCACUUCUUUUGUCACUAAUCCAGUUGGGAGCACUUUCAGUGGCACACAGCCUGUCACUACGGUGGUGCAGACACACUCUCAGGGGAUGGCCACUGGUGCAUCCACACUUGUCUCCUCCCCUCGACCCAGCAUCCUUCGCAAGAAACCUGUGAACGAAGGGGCGGUGCGUAAAAGUCUGAUUCCAGCACAGCCAAGCGACCCUAACGCUAGCCGAGUGGAUAGUGGGAUAAGGCUAUCAGGAUCGCCUCGCCCAGCAGGAGUGAAGCCCAAAUCUGAUGUUCAUGUUGCUAUGGCGCCCCCAGUCGUGGCUGCUGUGGAAGCUCUGCCCAGUCUUGGAGGAGAGCAGCAGAAUCUCUCCAAUCCUGCCCAGCAUCUUUCACAGACCACUGCUAAUCUUCUAGUUCCACCAGUCCCUAUGCCCCCCUCUCAACCCACGGCAGUUCUCUCUGCCCUGCCUGCAGCCAUGGCUAUCACUCCUCCAGUGCCUGCGUCCAUGGCCAAUGCCUCUCCCACCCAGCCGGCGGCCAGCAGCACUGCAUCCCUGAGCUCCACCCUUUCAGAAGUUAAAGUCAAACAGGAAACAGAACCAAUGGACACCUCACAGCCAGUGCUCCUGGCUCCAUCCUCGACUGGUCAACCUCAAGCACUCUCCUCCCAGGCCUCCUCCCUCUCUGUACCUGCCCAACCCGGAGACCUCCUGCCCGGGGCCUCCCCAAGGAAGAAACCCCGCAAACAGCAGCACGUCAUCUCCACUGAGGAGACAGAGAUGAUGGCGACCAACAGCACAGAUGAGGAGAGAGCUAGCAGCAGAGGUGCAGGAAACAGACCUGACAGACGCGAGUCUCCACCCAGGGAAUAUGUUGAUGAGGAAGGUGUUCGGUACGUGCCGGUUCGUCCCAGACCUCCCCUCACUCUGCUGCGUCAGUACCGUAACCCAUGGAAAGCUGCCUAUCACCACUUCCAGAGGUACAGUGACAUCAAAGUUAAAGAGGAGAGGAAAGGAAGCCUUCACGAAAUGGCCAAUCAGAGGGGAGUUGCAUGUCGUGCUCAGGGCUGGAAGGUGCACCUGUGUGCUGCACAGCUGCUGCAGCUGACUAAUUUAGAGCAUGACGUGUACAGCCGACUGACAACCCUGCAGGAGGGGCUCAUCCCAAAGAAGAGAGCUGGAACGGAUGAUGACCUGCACCGCAUCAAUGAGCUCAUACAGGGAAACAUGCAGCGCUGCAAGCUCGUAAUGGAUCAGGUGACUGAAGCUCGAGACACCAUGAUGAAAGUGCUAGACCACAAGGAUAGAGUCCUCAAGCUGCUCAACAAAAAUGGAACCCCCAAGAAAAGCUCCAAGUUAAAGCGCAAGGAACGGGCAUAAAUGCUGUAUGGUCUCAUAGAUCUUUUUAGUGGAGUAAAAUACAGGAAUGCUUUUCAAAGGCUGGACCUGUCAUUGUUUAACAGGUUGCUUUGCACAAUCAUCUACUUUCUUUAACAGUCUUGAAGACAAAGAAAGGCGGUCGUAAACCAUAAAAGCAUUUUUACAGGAGCUGCUGCUUACUGUGGACUGUCCAGUGGAUUUGAGGCAGCUAGGUUAACAUAUUUUUUUAACACCAAAUGUAAAAAACAUUUUUAAAGACACAUGUUCCUUUUCUGUUUAGUUGUAUAUAGCCAAAAUAUUGCUGUAGUGAACUUUAAAGAUUAGAAUAGCUAAAGUUUCUCUUCCCAUCCAUUUUUCAUGUUUUGGUGCCUUGAAAGGUUGGUCAAACUUUGAUAUUUUGUGUUUAGAUAAAAGGCCCCGGAUUAGUAAACAAAUUAAGCCCGCUGUGAACAUAACAUGGUAGCAGUCUACACGGUAACAAUAUUCUAUCCUGUUAUGAUGACGUGUAACCAAUUUCUUUAUUCAUUCAACUCAAUGGUCAGGCGUUAAAGAAUGACAUGAUAGUACAGAGUGAUGAAAUGUGUACUUUUAAAAAUCAGCAAAAUUAUGUAAUAAGAAUGUGUAAAUUGUUAUAUUGUUUCUGUGGUGAUGGAAGUGAUGUGGUUUUCAGUCUUUUAUGCUGUUUUACAGACUGUACGUGAAUGUUGUUCUAAGUUUAAAUAAUAAUUGGGUUCUUUUGUACAUCUGAUUCUUCAUUCAUUUUUGUGCAUGUACACUAUUAUAUGCUAUUGCAGUAAAACUGGAUAAACAUACAAAGCAUUUUGUUUAGUGCAUGGAU